AUCCGUGUUUCAAUGUGGAAACUGUGGCCACACCACUAUAUAAAGACCAAGCUCCCUUCCCAUCCUCGCAUCCUCUCUUUCCGUCUCUCUCUGAAAAUGGAGCGUGCCACGCGUGUGUUUCCAGUUAUUUUGGUGCUCUUGCUGCUUAUCAUGACCACUGAGAUGGGACCAAGCAUGGUAGAGGCACGGACGUGUGAGUCUCAGAGCCACCGAUUCAAGGGCCCAUGUGUGAGGGGUAGCAACUGUGCGGCCGUUUGCCAGACCGAGGGAUUCUCAGGAGGAAUAUGCCGUGGUUUGCGCCGCCGAUGCUUUUGCACUAAACAUUGUUAGUGGUGAUACAUCAACACUUCCAUAAUCUUCUUUAAUGUUGGUGUGCUGAUAAUAAAGCAGGGACCUGCUAGUUCUUAGUUUGAACUUUGAAUAUUAUCUAAUUACUUAAAUGUAAUCCGUGUGUAGUUUGAAAAAUCUUAUUGAGAGUUGUUUAUCCA